AUGGCCGACCUAUCCAAAGCCAACGAUUUCAUAUCCUGGCUACGAUCGAAGGGAGCUCACUUCCAUGAAUCAGCCGAACUCAAAGUAGAUCCCGAAACGGGCUUAUCACCUUUCUCAACUUCUCCGAUAGGACCUGACGAGAGAUUAGUCUCAUGUCCUUUUGAUUUAGCUAUCACUCCGGAAUUAGCUACUCAGGCGGUAUGCGAGAUUGCGAAUGUCGCGGAGGAGCAGCUUGUAUGGCCUGCCGAGUCCAGUAGGCAGGGUGAAAAGUGGAAUGCGAGGAUGAGGAUAGGUGCUUAUUUGGGAUUACAUUGGAUAUAUCAAGAGAAACUUUCAGAAGACUCAUCAUUCCCACCUGCUUUACAACAUUUGGAAUAUCUGGAAUCCUUACCCCCACCGACAAGUCUCACCACCCCUCUGUACUUCUCACCUGCGGAAUUGGAAUUGUUAAAGGGAAGUACAUUAUAUGGAGGAGUCAAAGCACGUCAGGAAGAGUGGAAAGCGGAAUGCGAAGUCGUGAGGAAAUUACUGAAAGAGGAUGGACUGACAUGGGAUAGAUACCUAGCAACGUCUACAUAUAUGUCAUCAAGAUCAUUCCCAUCGAAAUUACUUCAUAUACCUGAUCGAGCCGAUUCACAAGCUCAUGAAGCUAAGAAAGAAGAUGGAGAUGAGCAAUCGCAGCCUGUGUUAUUACCAGGAUUAGAUCUGUUCAAUCAUUCCCGCGGUCAACCUAUCCUCUGGCUUUCAUCCCUCAUACCCUCGACUACUUCCUCAGCACAACCCAUACCGUCCAUCUCCCUAGUUUCCACCCAGCCUACGGAAAAAGGUGUUCAGCUAUAUAACAACUACGGGCCCAAGUCCAAUGAAGAGCUGUUGCUAGGGUAUGGAUUUGUCAUACCUGCCAAUCCUGACGACACUCUCACUUUGAAAUUGGGUAUAUCCAAUAUACCCCUUGGGAAACUUGAUAAGCUAAAGAGCAAAGGGUUAGAUCCUGAUAGACGCUUCGAUUUGAGGAAGGAUGGUGAGAUGGAUAAGAAUCUACUUGAGAUACUAAGGAUAAUCCUGAAUGAGCAUGAUCACCAUGAUCAUGAACAUGAGGAGAUAGAUGAAGAGGAUGAACAUGCGUUACAUGCUCAGGAGGAAAGGGAGAUGCAAUUGGAAUUGGACGUUCUGGGCAUGUUAGGUGGGAUGUUGGAUGAUAAACUUGAGAAAUUACAGGGGAACCAUGAGGGGAAGGAUGUCAAUGGGGAAGUCAGAGAAGAAAUUAGAAAUAUGUGUGAGGUAUACAAACAAUGUCAAGUCGAUAUUCUCAACGCGGCGAUGGAUAAAUUGACAGAGAGGAUAGAACGUAUAGAAGGGCUGAUAGAUGAAGGUAUGGGUGGAUGUCCCUGUGGAUGUUGA